CCCGUCUCGUGGCGCUCAGUCGUGCGCGCUGUCCUUAACCAAGGUGUUCUCUUACCCUCUAGAGAGCCUUCGUUCAAGAUGACCUCUGACAUGACCUCGGUACUCGCUCCCUUAUGUCGCACCCAAUGUCCCUAUUACGUUACCCUUACGUCCUACAAGGUUUCAUUUGCGCCGUCGCCGCACUCAGCGCUCAACGUGCCCGCUGUAUCUCAGCAAUGGAAACCGAGCGCGUCUUCUCUUCGCGUUUUCUCGAGCUUUUACUUUUCUCCCCAUCAUCGUCCUAUACUGAGCCUUUGGACGUUCGUCCUUGUCGUUGGCCUCUCCUGUUGCUGAAGAGCUUAAGAAUCAACCAGUUGCACCGCUUCGGAGAAUCAGGAUGCUGCCUUUACAGCUGGAUGCAUACCACGUAGAGAAACCCUCUUCUUCUCUCAGUCGUCUCCUGGGUGUCCCCGAGAUCCUCCUUCUCAUAUUCGACAUCCUCAACGCCGAUACCCACUAUUUUCAAC